AUGGGCUCUCGCGGGCCGCGAAUUCAGUUCGCCCGCGCGCGCCAUUCCGAUAUCGUCUCGCUGCUGCUCGUCGCUACGCCGGGCCGGUUCAUGUCCGAGAGUGCUGAAAAUGGAAUAGAAGAAAUAAGGGAUUUAUCACUAGAAAACAAAAGACAGGAGUGUCUUAAUGAAUCAGAGUUUAUAGAAUACAUUGAUUAUUUGGAUCCUUGGACAUUAGAUGUUUUGCUUGCCAACUAUAAUCCUGAAUCUGAAGAUAAAAAAUACGAACAUAUGGGAAACAACAUAUUGGCUCACGUAGUAUACACUCUACUAGAACUGAAAUAUCCACUGCCCGCCAAAAAAGUGGCAGCUAAUCUUCCAGAUUAUAGUGCUAAAUCUCUAGUGAUAGAUAUCCCUAACGCAUCUAUAGAUUCAGCUAUGCAAAAAUUGCUUAACAAGAAAAACAUUUUUGUUUUGCGAGUCGAAUCUUGUGUUGACUUUUGCCUCAGGCAGUACAAAACAGAAAUGAUAGGAAGUAUCGAUAUAUCUUUGGCAUUUGAAAAACUUGCAGAAAGUGCUAAAGAAGAAAAUACGAAAGAAUUUCAUAAAAAUUUGUUAAGCCAGAGAAAGUUAAGUAGCAACAAAAGUGAGGUAUUGCUUAUAACUCAUGAUCAUAAUUCUAAACAAACCCAGACUCCUAAAGCCAUACCAGAAGAGGAUAUCGUUUUAAGUAAAGCGGCAUAUCUCGGUAAACAAGCUUUUGAAAUUUUAUCAUCUGGAGAUUCCUUGCCGAAUGAUUUAAUAGCGUCUAUGCUUGCUGAAUAUAUAAAAGACCAGAAAGAUAUUAGAGGUUUUGUUAUUUUGAAUUAUCCUAAUACUUAUAGUGAAGCGCAAAUAUUAGAAGAAAUAUUUUCUGGCAAAAAGCCACCUGAUGAUUUUGAAUAUGUAUACAAUGAUGAAUCAAUUCUUGAAGAAAGUAUAGAAUGUCAAAUCGAUAAUAUAGAAGAUCCAUUAAAAGAAUAUAGGAAAUCCAAAAUUUUAAAGUUAGACAAAAUUGGUUCUGAAAACACAUUAACCAGUUACUUUAAUUCCUACAUAAAAUUAAAAAAAAGUGAAAAAAUUGAUAAAGAAAUUUUUAUUUGGGAUUUGGAAAAAGAAAACUCUGAAUCCGUUGAUAGAUUUUAUUCAGAGGUUGGUGUGAAUUAUAGCAUGUACUAUGAAGAUAUAGAUAAAACGCAGUUAGCUUUAAUAUGCAGAUAUGUUAUUGGAGAUUACGAGUUCCCGAUAAAAUCUGACGAUGAAUUGUUUGGAACAAAUGUUUUGGAUGAAUUAGAAUUUCCAGCUGAAAACAAAAAGCCGAAAUCAAAAGUUAUUAAACCUGAAAGCUCGAACAAUAAAAACGGUAAGCAGAAUAAGGAUGUAAAUACAAAGAGCAAUUUAAUAACAAAUAGUGAUGCGAUGCAGAUGGAUACCGAACACGUUUCUAAAGUUAAUUUAAUGGAAAAUGUUGUCGGACGAAAAUCUUCUCGUAAGUCUUCUACAUCUAUUGGUCAUAACAUAACUUGGAAAGAUGCAAAAGAAACUUUAGCUGGUGACGAAAACUGGGAAUACAGUAAAAUAAAAAUUGCAGAAAAACUGGGUCUCGAACUGGCCAGUUGUUGGGAAGAAAUAGAAAAAUGUUACGUUAAUAAUAUACAACAAUUACUUCUCAGUAAACGCCUACAAAUGCAUUGUUUAGUACCUUACACAACUUUUGUUUGCGAUAAAAUGAAACAUCUAGUUAUGCAUCCAUCUCCUAAGCAAGAUUUAGUAUGUAAAUUUCUGCAAGAAUAUAAUAAUAUAGAAGACGAUUGGCGUGAAAAUAAUAUUACCAGAAAUGAGUGGCACUGUAGAGUCAAAGAACUUAAAAAUAGGCUAUAUGAUAUCUGUGAUGAAAGGAAACAAUAUUCAGAAGAAGAAAAACAUUCCAUUAUUAGUGAAAAUUGGAUUUGCGAUGAAUUAAUCGUUUUAGCGAACACAUAUGUUUCGUUAAUGCAAACAGAAUUAAAUAGAUUCAUAUUAACAUAUCAAAUUUUGCAUGACUAUUACAUCUCCAUGGUUAGUAAACCUCUAUCACAACGACUACCUCUUAAAGAGUUAAACAAACAUGAAAGAAAUUUUGCCGAAACCGCCAGUACUACAAAGACAAGGGCAAGUGAGGAAAAAUAUCGACUUCUAAAAGAAGCGUUCUUAGAUCUGCAAUUAAGAAAUAUUAAUAUCGAUAAUCAUAAUAAUCCGCUGAAUGUAUUUAUUGAUGAUAAUGUGAAAUUGGCUCAUAAAAUCAUCCAAGAGAUUAGUGAAUCUUAUAAAACUCUAAUAGGGCAUGAAACUAAUGACUUGGUAUCGAAAUUUCAAAACGCUUCUUCCUCAAGUUUAAAAAAAAGAGUCGAGAAAGAUUUCAAAAUUCUUGGUGAUUCUGUAGAGGUACAAAAGUUCGAAUACCUUAAAUGUAUGCAAGAAUGGAAAAUGGGUUGUAUGGGUGAAACAUGUCGCGCAAAUUUACGCAUAACUAUCCUACAGAAAAAAUGCUACGAAGAUAUGCAGAUAUUUUGCGACCAAAUUUUUAAUGCCUUUAAAAAUAUUCAGGACUACAUUGAUGAUAUCUACUUAAAUGAAAUUAAAUCAGUUGACAGCUUGUCGAAAUAUCUACAAAUGGCAAUAGAAACGAAUAGAAAAAUUCCUGAAAACCUACUCUUAACGGGAGACACAUUAGUUAUAGAUUUUAACGUUCUUCAGAUGCAAUCUGUAAUAAAUAGUGAAUCAGAUAUACCAGAAGAAGUCACAGGAGAAAUGGAGUUUAAAUUAUGUCAGUUAGCAUUGUUACAGGACUCAUUUAAAAUCGUAGCUCCGACUGGUAUCACAAUACAACAAGCGUUUAUUUAUGUACUACAAGAUUUUGUUGUUUUCGGGAAAGAAUCGUGCAAAGGUCCGACAUUUCCCCUAACGUGGAGACGAAUUGACCCGGAGAGAAUUCCUGAAUUUGUCUUUUCAAUUUUUGGAGAAAAUUUGUACGUUGAUUGGAGAGAUUUUCUGAUUUAUUGUCUCAAUAUACCGUUCCCUACAACUGACGAACUCCUAGAUAUACGAAAGAAGCUUCGCUGUCAAGAAUCAGAAUCUAAAGAACUUAUAGAUAGAGAGAUAUUUUUAAGUACUCCACUGUGGUUUGAAAAUAGCUUGGAUGACAUCGACAAAACGUCUAAACUAAGAAAUACUUUGCUAAAACACUUUUUGUUCGAAUUAUUUGAAGUUUCGAAAGAUGUGAUGAAUUAUACAGCUUUAUUGCUUGCAUUUUGUAAAGCAAAGAAUCCAAAAGAAGGGUUUUCCAAAGCACUAGCUCUAGCUUUAGGGAAAAAAGUAUGCUAUUCGACGGAGGAAUGCGAAGAAGCUGUAAAUAACUUGAUAAAAGCGAAAAAAUCAAAAGAUCAAGCUUACGAAGAUACAAAUAAUCUUUUAGAUUUAAUCAUACAUAAUGUAUUAGACAUCUGUACGGGUACAAUUCUAUUAGAGUUAAACGAUAAUGAGACAAAACCUGUAAGAAAAGGUAAAGGUAAAAUGUCACGCCGAUCAAAAACAAGUGCCAGGCUAAGUCAUGCAGAAAUUAAUAAACCAGUCUUCAGCCAGUCUUCCCCAGAAAAGUCUGAAAUAAAAAUGAUUUUUAUGAAUCCAGUAAAAGGCAAGUCUGUCACCGGAUACAACAAAGAAAAAGAACAGAAAGAAGGAAAACCAGAUGAUUAUUCUGAUAUCAUUUAUAGUGUUUCGAGAACCAUUAUCUGGAAGGUGCUUGAAAUAUGCGUUCCCUGGCAUUUAAAACUAUUCAACCAGGAUAAGUGCACUUACAAAGUUGUUAUUAAUGAUGUUAUUGAUCAGAUGGAAAAGUAUAAUGAAGACAAAAGCAUUUAUGUUUGCAAAUUUUUAGCAGAACCUAAAAUAUGUAAAUUCCUUCACAAGAUAAAAAAGUUUUCGAAACCUGAUAUAAAUGAAGAGAUUCUGAAGAUAUUGGAGGAGUAG